UUCAUCCUGGCGCGCGCAUAGCGACCCGCGCAGCACAUCCCCGGCUGCGCUGCCCUACCACGAGUCAACCUACGUCACAAUACGUCACAUGCAUCAUCAUCGCGCCAUCUCACCGGCAGCCAAUGACAUGCAUGUACGCGAUAUGUCGUGAUCGCCAACCAAUGGUGUCGCGGCUCGUCAUCUCUUCGAGCCCCAAUGAAGAUCGACGAUGACAUUCACUUUCGCUUUCUCACCUUUGCUACCACGUAGCACAUACCUAAUUUCUAUUUUGCUCAUUUUUAUGUAAAAUUUUAAUUAAGUAAAAAACAUGUAAAAAUCCCGGAUUAAAUCACUUAAUUCGAAGAACCCGCUGCCUUCGUCAUUUCAUCAACCUGCCAUCCACAUCAGCGCAAAUCCUGGCCAUCAGCCCCAACGUAUGUCUAUACGCGCAGACAUAAAUUUUUGAUCCUACGAGACCGGAUGUCGACCAGCCUUGGACCCACGGAUUGGAUGUGAGAACGCAUCGGCAGAGUGCUGCAACGACCAGAAGCUUCGGCAGCGGUGAAGAUCUUCGUGCUUGUGCUUUCGUUGUGACCCUAUCGCACGUCGUCGAGUCGACCUUCGCAAAAGUCUGCAAGCAACUCGCGUCAGCUUUGCUGCUAGCUGCCUUGCUGUGCUCGACCUGGGUGGUGAUUGCAACUGUAAGUACUUAGCGCCUGCCUUUAUUCGAUUCGCAAAAUGACUGGCAAAGACGAUGUAGUGUUUCACGCCGCGUUAGGUCCUAAUCAAGAAACGGACACAGAAACAAUUAAACAAUUAAAUCGUAGGCGUGGUUCCGUAAAGUGUAGGCUAACUAAUUUCAAAAAGUUCGCGAGUACGUAUGAGGGUUUAACUUUGUCCGAUACCCAGCGCACGGAGCUCAGUUUACGCAUGCAAGGGGCUCAGGGUAUUUUUGAUGAUUUUACUGACAUUCAUAAUCAGUUAGAAAGUUUAAUUCCCGAUAGCGAAAUGAAUUCACUUUUUGAAACCAGAGAGGCGUUCGAAAGCGAAUAUUACGCGAUUUUAGCUAAGACGCAAUGUAUGGUGAAAUGUUCGGAGAAAGCUAACGAACCUAAAAUGCAAGCUUCUAAUAAUCUAGCGCAAACGGUGCGGCUCCCCGUCAUUUCUUUGCCUACUUUCGACGGAUCUUAUGAACACUGGUUACAAUUCCGCGACACAUUUUCUUCGCUAGUGCAUAACUCGCAAGAAAUAACCAGCAUUCAAAAGUUCCAUUAUUUAAAGUCAUCGCUAAAGGGUAAUGCGCUACUUGUUAUCGAUUCGCUUGAGUUUUCGGCAGAUAAUUACGCGAUUGCUUGGGAAUUGCUAUUAAACCGCUAUGAUAACAGUAGAUUGCUAGUACACAAUCACGUAAAAGCUUUAUUUUCCAUACAAUCGCUCAAUAAAGAAUCGCCGGCACUGUUAAGAAAGCUUUUAGACACAGUUUUAAAAAAUUUACGCGCUUUAAAGCUGCUCGGUGAGCCCACAGAAAGCUGGGACACACUUAUCAUUUAUUUAGUUGUUUCCAAAUUAGAUUCCACAACCGAACGUGAGUGGGAACAAUAUAAAAGCACUUUGUUACCAGUGUCGAACGAAAACAAAACCGCGCUUAAGGUAGAUGAUUUGCUUAAAUUCAUUCGCGACCGCGCCGAUAUGUUAGAAACAUUAUUGGUUACGCACAGCCGGUCUAACUUAAAUAGCACUUAUCCGCCGCACGAUGCUAAAAAAUCAAACACACAUAACGCGCACACGGCUCCCAAGGUUCACUACAAUGUUGUUACCGAAAAGUCCGUAGACAAAUCUCACUCUAAACAAACACCAAUUAAGAAGUUAUGUUCUAUGUGCAAUGGUAAACAUCCUUUGUACUCGUGUCAAGCAUUUAUUGAUUUAAAUAUGCAAGAUAAAUUAAAAUUGGUACGCGAUAAAAGUUUGUGUGAGAAUUGUUUACGAACUGGACAUGCGCCUAGUGAAUGUCGGUACGGCCCGUGUAGGAAGUGUAACAAGAAACAUAAUUCCAUAAUUCACGAGGACGAGAAGGAUGAAGCCAGUGACAAGCGCUCCGUGGCACUGCUGGCGACAGACAGCGCGCCAAGGUCGCCCGCUUCCUCCUCCUCGAUCCCUGAUAACAACAUCGCACACGCACAACACGUAUUGCAGGUAUCGAACGCACACAUAGAUGAAGAUGUAUACGCGCGAUUGUCUUCCAGGCGUCCUGUAAUACUAGCCACCGCCCUUGUCGAAAUUCCAGAUAAUUACGGUAAUUAUCAUAAAACGCGAGUGAUUCUCGAUAACGGUAGCGAAGGUUGUUUAAUUACCGAAGCGUUGUGCGACAAAUUAAAUCCGCAAACUUUACAGUCCACUGAAGAAUUAAACGGUAUAGGUAAUUUAGCUACACAUAGUUCGCGAGCAUGUGAGAUCGAAAUAAAUUCCCUUGUUACCGAUUUUAAGGCGCGAUUACAAUGUAGGGUUUUACCGCGAUUAACCUCAUCGUUGCCUACGUUUCCGAGCAAACGUAACCACUUCCGCAUUCCAGACAACGUAAGUCUGGCAGAUCCUAACUUUUAUGAAAGUCGGCCCGUCGAGGUACUCAUAGGAGCUGACCUAUUCUGGGAGCUCCUCGAAGGUCUAGUUAAGAUAACGCGCUUAACUAACGGUGCAUACUUAAUAAAUACGCAGUUAGGCUGGAUAGUUUCGGGACCUGUUUCCUCUAACGCGCGCAACACAAAGCCUAUUAAUUGUAAUUUCGCGCAAUCUAUUGACAUGCCAUCAUUAGAUACUCAAUUACGUAGGUUUUGGGAAAUAGAGGAGAUACAGUCCAACACCAAGUCGUACGAUACGCGAAGCGAAGAAGAAAUGGCAUGCGAAGACCAUUUCGUCAAAACUACCACCCGCCUCGAGGAUGGUAGGUUUUGUGUGCAGCUCCCUCUCAAGGAGCCCCCCGAGUCUCUCGGCGACUCAUUCGCGCAAGCAAAAAGACGCUAUAUGUCGUUAGAAAAACGUCUCAGUCGCGACCCCAUAUAUAAAGGCAUGUACAGUGACUUUAUAAAAGAGUAUCUCGCGUUAGGUCAUAUGAAACGAGUUAAUACCUACGGAACCCCCAAUUACUUUUUGGCCCACCACGGAAUUUAUCGUGCACAUGCGCAAAAAACACGUCUGCGAGUUGUUUUCGACGCUAGCGCCCCCACGACCAGUGGCAAAUCACUGAACGACAUACAAAUGGUAGGUGCGCCUAUACAAGGUGAUUUGGUCGCGAUCUUGCUUAGGUUCCGCGAGAAUAGGUAUGUUGCAUGCGCCGAUAUCGAAAAGCAUUACAGGCAAGUUUUAAUUGACGAAUCUCAGCGCGAUUUACAACUUAUUCUAUGGCGCGAUAAGCCGAGCGACGACCUUGACAUAUAUCAGCUGAGCACCGUAACAUAUGGCACGGCGGCCGCAGCCUUCCUCAGUUGCAGGUGUCUCAAACAGUUGGCGCUCGAAUGUACUGACCCCGAAGUAGCUAGGACAAUUAGGGACGAUUUUUAUGUAGACGACUUUAUUUCGGGAUCGUCUUCAAUUCCCGAAUUGUUACGAAUUUGUGACGAAACCGCGAAAGUUUUAAAUUCUGGCUGCUUCCCAUUACGAAAGUGGGUUUUUAAUUUCGAGUGUACCGAUAAACGUUACAACGACGACGAUACGUCUAAGGAAUUAUCACUAGGCGAACACGCGCAUAGUAAAACUUUAGGUCUCGGUUGGUACAAUAAAAGUGACGAAUUGUUCUAUCAUACGCGACACGAAGAAAAUGCGAAACCUGUCACAAAACGCAUUAUAUUGUCCACCGCAUCGCAGGUUUUCGAUCCCCUCGGAUUAUUAAGUCCUAUGAUAAUUAUCGCCAAAUGUUUACUACAACGGUUGUUUUUAUUAAAGGUUGAUUGGGAUGCAGCUGUUCCCGAUGACGUCACGCAGGCCUGGCAUCGUUUCGUAAACAACCUGGCUAUCUUACCUAGCAUUCGCAUACCACGUCAUGUUAUGUGUAAUGACCCUAUAUGUAUAGAUUUACAUAUAUUUACAGACGCGAGUCAAGUAGCGUAUGGUACUUGCGCUUAUGUACGGACAAUUGAUAAGCAAUCAGCUGUUACCGUUCAGCUGCUUUGCUCGAAAAGUAAAGUGGCCCCAAUUUCCCCUCCGCUGAGUACGCCUCGGUUGGAGCUGUCCGCGUGUUUAUUGGGCGCUAAACUAUUUAAUAAAAUUAAAGAAUCGUUCCGCGCGAAAUUCAAUCAAGUAAUAUUUCAUACCGAUUCAACAAUUGCAUUGAGCUGGCUCCGAAUGCAGCCUAAUUUACUAAAACCUUUCGUUCAGAACAGGGUUGCACAAAUCCACGAAAUUACGAAAGAAUAUUCGUGGCAUCACGUUAGUGGCAAGUGCAAUCCGGCCGAUUUGGUUUCCAGGGGCGUGCAGUUGGACGCACUUCGCACCUCCUCUCUGUGGUGGAAUGGCCCUGAUUUCCUCCAUGAUGUUAAUUACAAUGCUCAGUCUGUAGAUCCGUCAUUGCUGUCAGACGAGUCUCAAAUACCCGAACGUAAAACUAAUCCUAUGACUAGUCUGGUAUGCAACGAUAACAAUAAUACAUUGUUUACAUUCGACAGGUUUUCUCAGUUCAAUCGCAUGCAGCGCGCGGCCGCGUACGUACUUCGCUUCAUUCAUAACGCGCGCAACAAGGAUGCACGAGCACGUCGUACGGGCGCGCUCACUGUAGAUGAACUGAGGCAAUCUGAGAGAGUACUUUCGCGCUUAUCACAAUUAGAGUCAUUAUCGGACGUUCGCGACGAGUUGACAAAGAACAGAUGUAUCGCAAAGGGUUUUUUAGCUAAACUAAAUUUGUUCAUUGAUAACAAUAACCUAAUUAGAGUCGGCGGGCGGCUUGCAAAUUCGGCUAGGUUUGAUUACAACAAAAAACAUCCGAUAUUGCUCUCUAGUAAACAUCAGUUUACAAUGUUAUUGUUCCGAUUUGAACAUAAACGAUUAUUACACGCUGGACCGCAGCAUAUAUUGUUCUCGCUUCGCGAGGCCUGGUGGCCUAUAAGCGGUAGGAACCUGGCAAGAAAAGUGGUUCACAAUUGUGUACUUUGCGUUCGUUUUAAGGGUAAAACGUUAACUCCUAUAAUGGGUAAUUUACCUACAGAGCGAUUGGAACCCGGGUUCGCAUUUGCAAAUUGCGCUGUGGACUACGGAGCCAUCCUUAAUUCCAGGCCCUUAAGCCCUUUGUCCUCUGACCCGCAAGACUACACUCCUUUAACCCCCGCUCACUUCCUGGUUGGACGUCCGCUGACAGCUCCUGCGUGCGCUGACCUCGUCGACGCCCCCGCACAGCGCCUGUCACGAUACCAGCAAGUGGAGCAAAUGCGACAACAUUUCUGGGCCCGGUGGUCGAAGGAGUUCAUAUCCGAGCUGCAGGUCAGGACAAAAUGGACGAAGAAUAUGGACGACUUAAAAGUGGACACCCUCGUUUUGAUCAAGGAGGACCACACUCCGCCCCUCAAGUGGAGCUUAGGGCGGAUCACCAAGACUUUCCCGGGCAAGGACGGCGUUUCCCGAGUAGCCGAUAUACGCACCUCUCGCGGCACUGUGCGCCGAGCCUUUUCGAAAAUUUGCCCGCUACCUACACAUGAUGACUGA